GGUCCUUGGUAUUCCUGUGUGUGUCUGUCGGUGACGUUAAACCACUUGAGACAUCAAAGAGCCGUAAACAAUUUAAUAAUAUUCAAGGUCAUCUUUAUCCGACAGAUUCAAUGUAUCCUAUGCUACUCUUCGCAUUUUCACAUAUUUUUGAGAGCCGAUUUCACUCUAGGACCAGUUUCUGCUGCGAGUAGAUCUUACUGUGAGUAAAAUAAUAGCCAGCUGUAGACUACAAUAUGUAGGCCUACCUAUUCAUUAUUCGAACAUCGUUGUUCUGCUAAAUAUUAGGUAAGUGUUAACAUUGUCCUUAAUGUAUUCAACUUCUAAAUUUCUAGUGGGAUUCCCUCUGGAAUGACGCGGCUCUCUAGAUACGGUUCCCAUUGGCUGCGGGCUAAAAGGCGAAGUUUCCAUGUAUGGGUUGUUUGGUCAGGCUGCUCCGUCAACUCGUUUAACUAACCCGUUCGGACUUACAGCAGCAUUCGGUGCAUGAAUAGCAUACAGUUCAUGCGCCAGUACAUGUUAAGACUUCGGAAGCAGUAUGGACAGAGGGAGCUGGUCCUGAGGAGAAUCCGUGCGUUCGGGAGCGCAUCUAGGACUCCGUUAACUAUAGUUUGUUAGUGUUUCCUAGUUUUCUUGGCGCCGUCCAAUUUUAUAAACAAACUAGAAAAAAAUAUUUGAUUUGGAAGUUUUUAAGUAUUCCUCCUCAACACGGAAUUACAGCAAGGGGACUCGAUUGGCCUGACUGCCAAGUAAGGGGAGAAAAUGGGGAGCCGGGGCCACUUCCGGUACCACUGGCAGAGCCACAAUGUCAAACAGAGUGGAGUGGACGACAUGGUGCUUCUCCCGAAGAUCAACGAAGACGCCAUUGUGGACAACCUCAAGAAGAGAUAUAUGGAUGACUACAUAUUUACAUACAUCGGCCCUGUGCUUAUCUCAGUCAACCCCUUCAAGCAGAUGCCAUACUUUGGGGACAAGGAAGUGGAGAUGUACCAGGGUGCGGCCCAGUACGAGAACCCCCCUCACAUCUACGCCCUGGCAGACAACAUGUACAGAAACAUGAUGAUCGACUGCGAGAACCAGUGUGUCAUCAUCAGUGGAGAGAGUGGUGCAGGGAAGACUGUGGCGGCAAAAUACAUCAUGGGCUACAUCUCCAGGGUGUCCGGAGGAGGACCUAAAGUGCAGCACGUCAAAGACAUCAUCCUUCAGUCCAACCCUCUCCUGGAGGCCUUCGGCAACGCCAAGACGCUGAGGAACAACAACUCCAGCAGAUUCGGGAAAUACUUUGAGAUCCAGUUCAGCUCCGGCGGCGAGCCCGACGGGGGGAAAAUCUCCAACUUCCUGUUGGAGAAAUCACGCGUGGUCAUGAGGAAUCCUGGAGAAAGGAGUUUCCAUAUAUUCUACCAGUUGAUAGAAGGAGCAAGUAGCGAACAGAAGAGCAGUCUUGGAAUCACAAGCCUGGAUUAUUACAGUUACCUCAAUCAGUCUGGCUCCUACAAGGUGGAUGACAUCAACGACAAGAACGACUUCCAGGAGACUAUGACUGCCAUGGAUGUGAUUGGAAUCUCAGGGAAGGACCGUGCCCUGGUGCUGCAGAUUGUGGCCGGAGUCCUGCACCUGGGCAACGUCAACUUUAAGGAGGCAGGGAACUAUGCCGCAGUGGAGAGUGAAGAAUUCCUGGCCUUCCCUACGUUCCUCCUAGGCAUCGACCAGGCGCGCCUCAAAGAGAAGCUGACCAGCAGGAAGAUGGACAGCAAGUGGGGAAACGCCCUGGAGACCAUCAACGUGACGCUGAACGUGGAGCAGGCGUGUUACACGCGGGACGCCCUGUCGAAGGCUCUGCACUCGCGCGUGUUCGACUUUCUCGUGGAGGCAAUCAACAAAGCCGUGGUGAAGGAGCAGCAGGAGCUCAAUAUCGGAGUGUUGGACAUUUACGGAUUUGAAAUAUUCCAGAAAAACGGCUUUGAGCAGUUCUGCAUCAACUUCGUCAAUGAGAAACUGCAGCAGAUUUUCAUUGAGCUGACGCUAAAAGCUGAACAGGAAGAGUAUGUACAGGAAGGCAUCCGGUGGACCCCCAUCGAAUACUUCAACAACAAGAUCGUCUGCGAUCUCAUUGAGAGCAAAGUGAAUCCCCCCGGCAUCAUGAGCAUCCUGGAUGACGUGUGUGCCACCAUGCACGCCGUGGGCGAGGGGGCGGACCAGACCAUGCUGCAGAAGCUGCGGAUGCAGAUCAACUCCCACGAGCACUUCAACAGCUGGAACCAAGGCUUCAUCAUCCACCACUACGCUGGGAAGGUUUCUUACGACGCUGAGGGCUUCUGUGAGAGGAACCGGGACGUCCUCUUCAACGACCUCAUCGAGCUGAUGCAGAGCAGUGAGAUAGGUUUCAUCAGAGCCCUGUUUCCAGACAACCUCAACGCGGAGAAGAAGGGCCGUCCUACGACUGCAGGCAGUAAGAUCAAGAAACAAGCCAACGACCUGGUGAGCACUCUGAUGAAGUGUACUCCUCAUUACAUUCGCUGCAUCAAGCCCAACGAAACCAAGAAAUCGAGAGACUGGGAGGACAGCCGGGCGAAGCACCAAGUGGAGUACUUGGGUCUGAAGGAGAACAUUAGGGUGAGGCGUGCUGGAUACGCCUACCGCAGAAUCUUCAGGAAGUUCCUUAACAGGUAUGCCAUCCUGACCAAGGAGUCCUGGCCAACAUGGCGAGGAGACGAGAAGCAAGGGGUCCUCCACCUCCUCAAAUCUGUCAACAUGGACCAGGACCAGUACCAGCUUGGACGCACCAAAAUCUUCAUCAAAGCCCCCGAGUCGCUCUUCCUACUGGAGGAGACAAGGGACCGCAAGUUUGACGGCCAUGCUAGGGCUAUCCAGAAAGCCUGGCGCAAGUACGUGGCCCGCAAACAGUACGUCCAGAUGAGAGAAGAAGCCUCGGAUUUGCUAAUGAACAAGAAGGAGAGGCGGAGACACAGCCUGAACAGGAACUUUGUGGGGGACUACAUAGGCAUGGAUGACAGGCCAGAGCUCCGACAGUUCCUUGCCAAGAGGGAGAAAAUUGACUUUGCUGACAAAGUGACCAAAUUUGACCGUCGUUUCAAGGGUAUCAAGAGGGACUUGAUCCUGACCCCCAAGUAUGUUCACCUGAUCGGACGAGAGAAGGUUAAACAGGGUCCAGAGAAGGGCCAGGUGACUGAGGUGCUAAAGAGGCGGAUUGAAGUGGAGAAGAUCCUGGCUGUCUCUCUAAGCACCAUGCAGGACGACCUCCUGGUCCUCCACGAGCAGGAGUACGACAGCCUGCUGGAAUGCACUUUCAAGACGGAGUUCAUCAGCCUGCUGGCCCGCAGGUUCGAGGAGAGGACCCAGAGGAAACUCCCUCUCAAGUUUGGCACCACGCUGGAGCUGAAGCUGAAGAAGGAGAGCUGGGGCUUUCUGAGUGGGGGGGGCUCCCGGCAGGUCCAGUUCAUCCCGGGCCAGGGGGACGUGGCUGUGUUGAAACCUUCCAGUAAGACCCUGCAGGUCAGCAUCGGCCCUGGCUUGCCCAAGAACACACGGCCCACCAAAAAAGGCUUUAGUCAGGGUCGCUCUAACGGGUCCAGAACCCAUCAGACCAUUCCCUCCAGAGCUGCACCAGGACCUCCAGUUGCCCAUCAGAACGGCGGCCCGAAGAACACCAACCACACUGCCAAUCAGAGGAACGCCACACAACACUCCAAUCAGAAGCCUCCGUCGUCGGUGGACGGGGCCCGCCCCUUCCUGCCGAGCAACCUCAAGCAGCGCGGCAGCAGCCGACCCCAGCCCAACCUGGACUGUCUGAAGGUUCCGGACCAGGGAGCGGCAGGUAACGGAGGCGCUCGGACAGCUUCAAAUGGAGGAAUGUGAGUCUGAGUGUUACUGGUGUGUUGGGUGAUGGCGGUGGUUCAGAUCUUCAUGAGACACAGCUCACUGGCAUGAGAUGUACUGUAUCUUGCUUCAUUUCUUCUGUAGUCAGACACCACUGUCUCUCUUGUAGUUUUCUGUUUAACAUCCAAUGUUGGAAUCAGAAGAGGGUAAACCUAUUCUCUGAUUGGAGGAUGCUGCUGUCUGUCAUAAGCUUUUGAGGGGCUUGAGAAAAGUUAGAGCCCAGUAACAUGCCUCCAUGAAUAGGUUUUAGGAUGUCAUCACUGGACCUCAAGUCACGUGGAAAAUAAUGAUUGGUUUUCACUAAGAAUUCGAUUUCAAAUUACUGGGCUCAGAACUUUUACACUCCAAAUGUGGGUAUGGUCUUAGUUGACAUAGAAAACAUAAUCAACGUAUAUAUAUGUCACUGGAGAUAUCAUUGAAGAAACCCCCUCUGGUGUUGACACUUCAUCUGUUUGAAGAAUGUGUAUUUAUUUCUGUACUUUAUGAAGGAGACUUUUUCAGCUUAAUCCUCUUUUGUAGUUAAUGAACAUGCAUCUAUGCAUUCGGAAUGACUUGUGUUUUGAUGACCUCAAAACACCAUUCCAAUGUCGAGGCACAUUCUUUUAUAAUUAGUUAUUGCUUGCCAUCUAGGGGUUGGACUGUGAACAGCAUAUUCUGAAGCAUCAGUUGAGCAAUUUAGACUGAAACGUUAAGAGCGAAUAUGUAUAGAAUAAUAACCACACAUGCUCAUACAGUGUGUUUAUUCCUUAUACAGCUCACCUCUAACUUCACAGUCUAGGAAACCACAGCAUCACAAGACGCUUUUUUAACAGCUAACGUGUACUGUCAUAUAGGGUCAAGCUGGACAGCUUUAAACUGCUGAAGCUGCUGUUAACCGCCCUGGCA